CAUGCCUAGCAGACAAGGCCAGUGGCGUGAGCGAUCGAGCUAUAUAUAUAGGGCAGGGUGAGGCCGGCCGGAGACGCCUGAGCUGAGAGAAGAUCGAUCGGAGGGUGUGAUCUUGAGGUCACAUGGAACUUGCCGGGACAUGGAGGAAGGUGAUGCCUUAUAUGGCCAUGGUCUUUCUUCAGUUGGGCUUCGCCGGGAUGUUCCUCAUCUCCGUCGCGUCCCUGCGGCAGGGAAUGAGCCACUACGUCCUUGUUGUCUACCGGAACGUAGCCGCAGCCAUUGUUAUGGCUCCAUUCGCCCUCUGGUUUGAGAGGAAAACAAGGCCUAAACUGAGCCUAUCAGUGUUCAUCAAGAUCCUGGCUUUGGGAUUACUCGAGCCCGUGCUCGACCAAAACUUCAUCUAUAUGGGAGUGAAUAGCACAUCAGCAAGCUUCGCCUCGGCAUUAACCAACAUAUUGCCAGCUCUAACUUUUGUAAAUGCCAUCAUACUCAGGAUGGAGAGAAUAGAGACUAAGGAGCGACGGAGCCUGGCUAAGAUUGCUGGAACGGCCAUAACCGUCGGGGGUGCCUUGCUUAUGAUACUUUUCAAGGGCCCCAACGUCAACUGCCCAUGGAGCAAGCACGUCAUCAACGACUCCGUAUCCGACAGCGGUGCCCACAACAGCGGGCACUGGCUCAUGGGCACGUUCAUGAUCCUGUUAAGCUGCUUCUGCUGGUCGGCCUUCUUCAUACUCCAAUCAUACACGUUGAGGAGUUACCCAUGUGGACUCUCCUUGACCACUCUGAUAUGCGCAACGGGUGCCAUGGAGAGCGGCGCGGUCGCCCUAGUCAUGGAGCGUGACACUAAAGCCUGGUCCAUCGGGUUUGACAUAAGACUCUUCACGGCCGUCUACUCUGGAAUAAUGUGCUCCGGAGUUGCUUACUACGUGCAAGGGAUAGUGAUUAAGGAGAGGGGACCAGUAUUUGUGACUGCGUUUAGCCCACUCUGCAUGAUUAUAGUGACUGUGCUAGGCUCCUUCAUUCUUUCUGAGGUGGUUACUUUAGGAAGGCUGAUUGGUGCGACAGUCAUUGUUGUUGGCCUCUAUGCGCUCAUCUGGGGCAAGAACAUGGACCAUCUGAAGUCUAUUGAUAAUAAUAAGGAAGAAAACAGUUUUGAGAAGCACAAGAGUUUUGAGCUAUCGUUCUCAACUUCUGACGUUAACAAAACAAGCAGUCUCGGCAACAUCUAGAAGCUACUGAAGCGGCAUAUAGUAAGGAAACACAGUGCGCUGACGUCACCGGUUUGUGUCCGUGUGUGUCAUGAUGUCUCUGCUGGUCUGCUUAUCGUAGGGCCUGUUUGGUUCGUGUUUCUUAGGAGCCUGGUUCGUAUUAAGGAGCCGGGCUGGUUGGAGCCAGGCUGAUGUCAUGCAACUCGGUCUAUUUGGUUGGUUGCAUAAGCUGAGUCCGUAUGAGAAGAGAUGUUGUUUGGUUGCCCGCAUAAACAAAUGUUGCAUAACAUAAAAAAUAUUAAAUAAUUAUCAAAAUGAUAUUUACGUUA